CACCGAUUGAUCCUAUGCCGUGUGCAAGAGAUUUUCCCCUCACUGGCACUUCCUCUUUCUCUCUCUGGGUCCUUCUGCUGCCCUCCGUGCUUUCGUUCUCCUUACGAUUGAUUACGAUUGCCUGCCAGAGUUCUGUGUCCUCCCAGCGGUGGGCUUGCAUCUGGGGUGUGCACGUGUGUACAACGCUGCGAGGUUACGGUAGUGUAGAACUCAUGGCCGUCUUCAUGGGCAAGCCCGGUGCAAGCUCGGUGAUGGCUGCUGCCUUGCUGCUGACAGUCUUGAUAUCUCUGUCGUCAAAGCUUGUGAUGGGUGAAUGCAACUUCAGGGGCAGCAGAGGCCCAGCGACGAUAUCGGACGGUGAUAUUUGCUGUGAUGGACCUAUCUUCCACAACGUGGAUGGUGUGGAGAAAACGACACGUUUCGUUAACACUGGGGCCUGCGCCUAUGGCCCUUGCUCGGGUGGUAACUGGAACUAUGCCAAGUGCGGUCGGAACUUCUACACCUCAGGAAGCCGUGUCUGCAGGAGAAACCUGCACGAGCCAGUUUACGGCGAGUGCGUCAUAAUCGAAAUCACUCAGGCUACGUACACCGACAACACCAAUUGGAACGGGGAGGACUGUAUCAUCAUCAGGACAACUUGAAGCCCAUGAACAUGAUGAGGAUCAAAUAUGCGAGGUCAGGGCGUUUCUUCCAAGUCUCACAAGUCACGUCGGAGAAGUCUCAUAAGUCACGUAGGAGAAGUCUCAUAAGUCACGUCGGCGAAGUCUCAUAAGUCACAUCGGUGAAGUCUAAUAAGUCACUUCAGAGAAGUCUCAUUGGCUUGUCACACACGCAAGGUUUUUUUUUGUAAGUCAAGAUCAAUUCCUCGCAUUGAGUGAGAGGCGCGAAGAAGAUUAUGACCGCGACCACAGUCAUCCAUCCACCAGUCAUUCAGUGCAAACCAGGAAGAGAGGAGGAGAGCCUAGGAGAUCCUCCUCUUCUCUUAAAUGUGUCCGUCCUUGGCCUGCUCGUCUCCUUCUUUGUCCGCUCGUAGAACAGCGAGCAUGACAUGUGGAUGCCGGGAAGAAGUAAAUGAAAUCGGUAUGGAGGAGCGGAAGAUAGAUGUGGAGGAGGGGGGGGCAAUAGUGAGGAGGAGGGUGAGGAGGAAUGCAGGAAGACAGAGAGGAAGAGCCUAGGAGGAGGAGGAGGAGGAGGACAAGGGGAACAAGACGGUGGUAUGGGACGGACAAGCACCUCCUCUCCUCCUCCUCGUCGGCCUCCUCCCCCUGCCCUUUUGCACUAGCUUGAUGUCCCCUGGGAUGCAGUCAUCUCUCUUUUUAUUUUCCAUUCUUGAUUGAAACCCAUCGUCGUGAGGUAAAAAUAAAAAUAAAAAGGAAAAACUGAC